AUGAAUGGUCAAGAUAAGAUGCCAAUCCCUCUCUCAGAAGGGGGUAGCUCUGAGCUGAAACCUGAGUCGACAGAUAUCAAUAUUCAGUCUGGUACCGGUGGUGAUAUGAGCACUUCAAAUUUGGAUCAGUCAUCUGAAAGAAAAUACCGCUCACGAAGAGUAUGGACAAGUGCGGAGGAUGAGAAACUACGACUUCUCGUGUCCCACUGGGGAGACCAGUGUGGUAAAAAUGGUCACUGGGAUAAGAUCAGUUCAAAUUUUGAGGGUAGAAGCAAUAAGGAUUGUCGCAAGAGGUGGUUUCAUUCGUUAGAUCCAAAACUCAAGCGCGGUCGUUGGACCGAACAUGAAGACAAGGUACUGGUAGAAGCUUAUAAGAAAAUGGGCCCAGUAUGGCAUCGCAUUGCACAGUUGAUUCCUGGCCGAACUGAUGACCAGUGUUCAAAAAGAUAUAAUGAUGUUCUGGAUCCAAGGAUAUCGGAUAGACUACGACCAUGGUCAGCUGAAGAAGAUGCGAAGUUGCUAGAACUUGUUCAGAAACAUGGUACGAAAUGGAGAACUAUUUCAAAUGUUAUAGACGGUAGAACUGGUUUGACAUGUAGAAAUCGGUGGAGAAAACUGACUGCGCCUAGUGUACGAGCAAAUGCCAAAGCAAAGUCAAAAUCAAAGCUCGAUUCUCUUGCAGAAGGUCAUAAUGAGAGUCUUGAGAGUCUUGAAGAUGGCGCAGAGCAAGAUGCUCAACAGUUACAGAUGUUCUAUUCUUCGCGGCAGCAGCAGUCAGGUCUUGGAGACGGUGAUGACUCUGAUGUGAUUAUGUCUAAUGGAAGCAGCCCAGCAAGUUCCACAUCAGGAAACAGCAUCACAACUUCGAAUACAUCCCUAUCACUAAAUAACUCUAGCUCAGUUAUUCAACAGGCUCAACCCCAAGUAAACCAAGGGAACCCGUUUCAACAGCAGCAAGCCAACGGUCUACUUUAUCAAGAAAAUGGGCCUGACGGUAUACCUGGCCUGACUCAGAACAUAUCGCAGCCACCACAACGACUACCAGCUCUGCAAGCAUCUCUUAUUCAUGGGUUAUCUACACCCCAGUCACGACAGCAACAGCCUCAGCAGCAACACAUGUCACGACAACCAUUAAUACAGACCCAACAACAACAGCUACAGCAUCCACAACAAACUAUACCAAGUCAACCACCACAAAAUCAACAAGCUGCACAGUUUCGAUAUCAGAACAACAGUUCCAACAAUAUGCAACCGACUUCUGUAACCACUAGAUAUACUUAUACUCUUGGGGAUCAAGAUGUGGUGAAUGCUCCAUCCAUUCUUUAUCGUGAUCUAGAAGCUCUGGUAGAACUAGCUGCCAAGUCUGGCAGAGAGAUUGUCAUCCACCAACACAACCAUUAUCAUUACGGAACAACCCCUCAUAUGGCAGCUCCUACCAAAGACCAACAGCGAGUAUCUUACAACAACCAGCAGCCACCAGUAAAGCAGGAUCAACUUGUAAUACCACCGCAACAACCAAAACAUGCUCAACAAGCAGCUCAAGCGCCUGUGAUUACACCUCCUCCCCCAACAUCUACUCCAUUAGUGGAGACUUUACUUGGAGUUGGUCCUGGAGCUUCAACAACAUCAACUUCAAUUGGUCUGAGUAGCGGUACCACCCCGACUCCCUCUGCCACAACCCCUGGCACGUUUCUGGAUCUGUCUGUUAUGGAUAAUGACAACUUUAUCUUUGAUGAGGCAGACCUCGAUUUCGACCUGGACGAGUUCCACGGCAUUCCUUUCAAUCCUUCGUAA